AUGUCUGUAUCUGUAUCGUCAUCCACUGAUUCAGAACCUGACGGCAGCCAUGACACUUGUCCUCGCAUCCUUGUGUGCGCCUCGCUUCUUCCAGCUUUGACUGCGGCAGGUACCGUUUACACUCGUUGGGGAAGCAAGGGGUGUGCUUCUGCAGGAGCUACGGUGUAUUCAGGUUAUAUGGGCGGAAGUUUUUACGCCCAUCCCGGAUCUGGAGCCAACUACCUGUGUCUACCACCCAAUCCCGUUCCCACCAACAUAUCAAGACCUGCAUACGUCUCCUCCGUGUACGGCACGGAAUACGAAGUGUCGAACAGGCCAGAGAACGACCAGGAUGCUCUGUGUGCCGUGUGCUUCGUCACAGACCGUAUAGCCAACAUCAUGGUACCCGGCACCAACAAGUGUCCGUCUGGGUGGAGCUCCGAGUACACGGGUUUACUCAUGAGCGGGUACGACGGACACGGCGGGUCAACGGAGUUCAUCUGUGUGGACAGCAAACUGGAAGGCCGCAUCGCCUCCAAUGCUAACGAGAACGGCAGGCUGCUGUACGUGGUGGCCAGCAUCUGUGGCAGUCUACCCUGUCCUCCUUACCAGAACAACAACAUCCUGCAAUGCGUUGUUUGCACCAAGUGAGAGUCCAUCGUUCUGUCCCAGGAAUCAAAGAAGAAGACUUCUUCAAUGCGCUCUCGUCCGACGUAAUAGUAUGAAAGAUUAAUUAUAACUUUCACCUGGAAGUUUAAGCCUUUUUUGUAAAGUUAGGGUUUAGAAAAAGCAUAUAAAAUCUUUAGUAUAAGAAGAAUUAUUUCAAUUGUGCUUGGGGCUAUACCGUCGAUGUAUACCGUCUUUUCUGCAAAUAUAACAUUUUUUCUCACAGA